UAAUUACUCGUCUUUCAAGCAAGAAACAUGCCCAUCGUUUGCGAGAAGAUUCCAUCUGGGGAGUGGAGCAGGAAGUCAGAGUACGUCGGAAUCGAAGAGUUUAGCUGGGUGAACGAGACUUUGCGUCCAAAUAUCCCCUUGGCAAGCAAAUGGUCAAUGAGACCGUGUUUCCUCUCCGCCAAGUAUGAAAGAAGUGCUGAGAUUGUGGAAAAUUUUCAAGUCUACCCAGACGACACUUGGCUCGUCAGCUUCCCCAAGUGUGGCACAACGUGGACACAAGAGCUCGUGUGGCAGUUGUGCAAUUUUGAUUUGGCCACAGAAAGUCCUCUGAGGUCCAGAUUCCCCUUCCUUGAAUUGGGUUGCAUAACUUACGAUGCUUUCAAAUUGGAUAUGAUAUCCAUUCUACAAAAAAAGUCUCCUCCAAGAUUCAUCAAGACUCACCUUCCAGCUCAUCUUCUGCCCAAGCAGAUCUGGUCGGUGAAACCAAAAAUAGUCUAUGUCACGAGGAAUGUUAAAGAUGCUGCUGUCUCCUACUAUCAUCACUACAAAAACCUUCAGCACUACAAAGCAUCGUUUGAAGACUUCAUGGACGCUUUUCUCACGGACAAAGUGGUUCACGCUCCGUAUGACUCGCAUGUAGUUGAUUUCUGGAACAUGAGAAAUGAGGAAAACAUCCUUUUUCUCACGUUUGAAGACAUGAAGAGAGAUCAUCCAAGUGUUAUUCGGAAGACGGCAGAAUUCCUCGGGAAAUCCUUCACAGAUGAGCAAAUUGAGACUCUUGCAGAGCAUCUCAGCUUUGAUAAGAUGAUAAAGAAUGAUGCUGUAAAUUACCGCAAGGAAGUGAAUCAAUAUCACCAGAUUUGCAAUACUAAAAAGGACGACGACUUCAAUUUCAUCCGGAAAGGACAAAUCGGCACUUAUCGCCAGGAAAUGUCUGCUGAGAUGAUUGAGAGAUUCGACAAGUGGAUUGAGGAAAGAUUAACGAAGUGCAAAGCAGAUCCGCAAGUCUUUGAGAUUUGCAAUCCAAAAAAUUAAUAUUGCAGUGCAAUU